AUGGACAGCUUUGUAACUGAGGCCAGAAGGGAGACAAACCCAAAGACAAUGAAGACAAACUUGACUCACUUUGAGGAUACAUUGUCAAACAAUCUACACAACCUUGAUCAGGUACUUCUCGUAUUGGACCCAAGAGCACACUCCCUAGGUUACCUCUUUGUAUUGAAGGCAAAGAUCAAUGAUCAGAGAAAGAAUCCUCAGAGUUAUAUCGCACAGGUCACUACAUUCUUGUCAGCCUGCAAUGCUGAGUUUGUUCAGGCUGCUCCUACUCAAUUCUGUCAGGUCUGCAGACAUUACACUGAUCUGCUGUUCCAGGUCAGACAACCAAGCAGAGGAGUGCUGCCUUUGAGACGCGCACUUGGUAUGCUCAUUACAAGCUCAACACAGUUGACACCGGUACACGCUGACUUCCUUCAGCUGUGCAUCCUGUCCAAGUGCUACCACAUGGCAUUGCCCGUCGUGUCACAGUCGAUCACAGAUGUCAACCCCGACCAGACCAGCAUCACAAUCCGCGACGUUCUCUGCUACUUCUACUAUGCUGGCAUCGUGUUUAGCACUCUCAAGAUGUACAGACAGGCCCUGGACGCCUUCAGACAGGUGUGGACGGCGCCUGCCACCGCCAUAUCGGCCAUCGCCAUCGAGGCCUACAAGAAGUACUACUUGGUCUUCCUCAUGAUGAACGGUACCACACCAGGAUUCCCCAACUACACUCCAAUCGUUGUGCAGCGUGCCAUCAAGAACCACUGCAAGGCCUACUCUGAGUUUGGUACAUCCAUCAUCAAUGGCAACAUCAAUGAGAUACAUGCCAAGGCUUCAUCCAACGCUGAGACCUUCUCAAAGGAUAACAACAUGGGACUUGUCAAGCUGGCAAUCAAGUCAAUACAUCGCAGGAACAUCAAGAAGCUCACUCAAACCUAUAUGACCCUUUCAAUUCAGAACAUUGCCGAGCAUGUCAAGCUCACUCCAACUGAAGCCGAAGCAAUCGUUUUGAAGAUGAUUGAGGAUGGAGAGAUCUUUGCCACGAUCAGUCAGAAGGAUGGAAUGGUUACCUUCCACGAGAAUCCAGAGUCAUACAGUGGACACAAGAUUCUGAAUGAGUUGGAUCAUCAGGUGAAGAGUGUGUUUGCUCUUGAUGGUAGAUUGAGAGCCAUGGAUGAGAAGUUCUCAGUCAGCCAGGCCUACUUGAAGCGUUUGGUCUCAUCAGAGAAGAAGUUGCUUCAGGAGGAGCAGUUUGCUAUGAUGGAAGAUGUAAUGUAA